AGCCGCAUAUGAACUUUAUCGUGCGGCGACAGCCGAAGGGAGUGUUACUAUCUGUACUUUAGCUCCACCCAGCAUCUCUCCUCCAUAGGCUGCACUGCAUUACACUUUCGUUUUUGGCUCGGAAAGGAAAGUGUUCUCUUUCUGAGAAAUGAACAGCUGAUUCCGGCUUUCGAUCGCAUGAAAUCAAUGGAUUUUUCUGAAAUGACGGAUAACGACGGGGAGACCUUUACCUUCCUCAGGCAGGUGACCCCAGUCACUGGGAAGUAUUACGAGUGGCAGUUGUCAGUUGGCCAUCCCUGGCUGAAAAUUGACAAUGACCAUGUGAUUGAGACCCACUACUGCCACCCAGGAGCCAAGGGAAUCAGUAUCAAUACAAGACAUGGGAAGGUCUUCAUAGAUUUUGAUACGCUGCAGGCUAAUAAUCCAGGUCUAAAGGUGCAGAGACUGAGCUUCCUUCCUCAGGGGCAGACAGAGGACAUAGGUUGGUACUUCAGGGAUGACCAGCUGUGGCGUGAAUACGGAUCCGCGGGUUCCAGCAUGUUGUCGUCAUCAAUCAGCAGUAGAGAUGUUGAACAGCAGUUCACACAGAACCCUCAGGGAAGCUUCACAUUUACAGUGGGCCACACAUCCUACUCGCUCAACUUCUCCACCAUGACCCAGAGUAACCACAUCACAGGCUUGCAGAGAAAGGUGCGCAGGCGUCCAAAACUGACGUCCAACACCGGAGCACUUAGCUCCACCUUGACCCCAACCGCACCUUCCUCAUCCCAAAUCGGUGUUGUAGCCUACAGGUGGGAGUUCAUGGGAGACAGGGAGCAAUGGACAGAAUACCAAGCACAUGUAUGUUCAUUUGACAGUGCUGCUAUUGAGAGACACUUCCAGUUCAACCAACAGGGGAAACUACACUUCAGGAUUAAUAGAUACUCAUACACACUGGACUUUUCAAGUAUGCAUCAAGUCAAUAAUGAUAUUGGGACGAGAAGGGCAGUUAGAAGGACUCCUACACACGGGAUUCAGCUGAAUAGCAGUUCAGGCACACAGGCCCAAUGGCAGUUCCUAGAUAUAAAUGGAGCAUGGACAGAUUAUUCCAAAAGAAAAUGCAGCAUUUCCAGUCAGGAGAUUGAGUUCCAGUACCAACUAAAUCCAUCAGGAACUAUGAAAUUUUCCACCAGCAGCUUUAGCUACGAGUUAAGCUUCUCAGCCAUGACUCAGAGAAACCUGAGCACAGGCACAACCAGAGCAGUGAGACGACUUAAUCAGUGACUGCGUGGACAACAGAUUUGGAGGUCGGAGGUCAGAGGUCAAUUUAACGUUGACCCCACCAGUCGUGUCACUGCCCACCUCAGGCUAACUUAUGUCAAAAACUGCCUCCUCCCUUUCUGCCUUUAUCUCAGUGAUGCUGAUCUACAUUUAGUUUGUCAAAAAUACAAAUUCUUGUAAUUAUUGGACUUUUUAAAUGUUUCCUCCAGUUACAUUUUUAUCCUUGGUUCAUUUGCUUGUUUCAUGUAAUGGUGACUGCCUGUUUAUAAACUGUGCAUAUAAGACAUUCAUUAAAACUGCCUUGUAAUUUGUGCA